GUUUGGUUUCAGAACCGCAGGGCCAAGUGGAGGAAGAGGGAGAAGUGCUGGGGUCGCAGCAGCGUGAUGGCAGAGUACGGCUUGUAUGGAGCCAUGGUCCGUCACUCUAUCCCACUGCCUGAGUCCAUCCUCAAGUCAGCAAAGGAGGGCGUCACAGACUCUUAUGCUCCAUGGUUACUAGGUAUGCACAAGAAGUCAGUUGAAAACACACAAACCACUCCUGGAAAACCCUGCAGCCUGACACCAACCACAACAACAACACCAACGCAGGAGAAACCAGCGGUCAAAGUGAUUGAGGAAGAAACAGAGAAACGGAUGAAAGACACAGCUAAUGCACCAAUUUCUAAAGAGGAAUUGAGGGAGAACAGUAUCGCUGCACUGCGAGCGAAAGCGCAGGAGCACAGUGCCAAGGUGCUCGGGACAGCUUCGGACAGAACGAACAGCCGCGUGACGCAUAAAGAGGAAGCGGAGGACAAAGUGACGGAGCAGGAGAUGGCAGAGGUGGAGAAGAGUGACUGA